AUGCGCAGACGAGUCCUGUUGAUGAUGGGUUUCGCCGGCGACGCCUUGGACCAGGUGGCGACGGCUCCGGCAGCAAGUCGCAUCACCGGUGCGACCUUGACUCAUGGUCCGAGAGGCGGCGACUGGGUGCGGCAUGAAUGGCUUGGAUGCGCUGCAGAGGGUGAAUGCGUCUUCCUCUUGCGCGAAGGAGAAGGGGCAAAGUGGUGGUGGUCUGCCGUGAAGGGCGGUGGCUUUUUCGGCGCAAGUAUCAACAACACCGUGGACAACGACGUGGUGGCUGUUCGAGUGGUGGCUGAGAAUGAAAGAUUUAUUGAUGAAAAACUGAGAGGGCUGGCUCGCAUUCCAUCUCUUCUCUUUCUCGCAGGCGCGGCUCCUCCAUUAGCCAUUGUUGUUGUUAGGCACGGGAUCGGAGAUGAAAGUGAAGAUCUUGCAUGGCACGGUAUUGCUUCGUGGACUUGGGAUGCUCAGGAUGAAACGUGUGGGAUCUGUAGAAUGGCCUUUGAUGGAUGUUGUCCAGACUGUAAACUUCCAGGGGAUGACUGUCCUCUGAUUUGGGGUGAAUGCAAUCAUGCGUUUCAUUUGCACUGUAUCCUGAAAUGGGUUAAUUCUCAAACAUCACAAGCGCAUUGCCCAAUGUGCCGUCGUGAAUGGCAGUUUAAAGGCUAAGAGCAUUGGCUUUUUCCCUUAAGGGUGACUACUGAACAUAGUAAAUGUGGUAUUGUUAAUUUGAAUAUACUUCAAUUUUACCAUGCAUAUAAAUGUACUGGGUUGUGAUUAGUGUUGUAUUGUCCCCCUUCAUGGGUUGUAGGGUUCUUAUUUAUAUUUAGUUAUUUCUUUUUAUCA